AUGACCACUUACAACUGUGAUGAAGAGAAUUAUCUGAGUCAAAUCCGGGACAUAAUUAACAAUGGCAAACGGCGCAGUAAUCGAACUGGAACGGAAACCAUUUCCAUUUUUGGAAUGCAGUCACGUUACAGUCUCAGAAAUGGAACCGAAAAUCUUACAGGUGUUGUCCCAUUACUAACUACCAAACGAGUAUACUGGAAAGGAAUCGUUGAAGAGUUGCUAUGGUUCAUCAAAGGAGAUACAAACAGCAAUCAUCUUUCGGAGAAGAAUGUGAAGAUAUGGGAUGCAAACGGAUCGCGGGAGUUUCUCGACUCGCUCGGAUUCACAGACCGAGCACAAGGCGAUCUUGGUCCAGUAUACGGCUUCCAGUGGCGGCAUUUUGGCGCUGAGUAUAGAGGCCCAGACGCGGAUUAUGAGGGCCAGGGUGUUGAUCAGUUAGCGGACGUCAUUCACGAAAUUAAGACGAAUCCAGACAGCCGCAGGAUUAUCAUGAGCGCUUGGAAUCCUUGUGGUGAGUUAUCUUGGUUAUUGGUCAAGCUUACUUUUAUGGUUUAG